UGGGGCUGAGUGUGGGCUCUGCUAAGCUUUCAGAUUUGUUUCUUGCCUGUCUUUGAGCUUAUCUUUCAAAUUUGUCUCUUGCCUGCCUUUGAGCUUGAGUUUAUCUUUUAAAUCCUGUGGCUAAGCUGGAGGGGGAUGCCUGGGACUGGGGGAUUUGUUUCAAGCGUUUAAGUUGCUUCUCUUCCAGACCCCUGUGAAACAUGAGUGCUUGGUGGGUGGGCAGUGGGUUUAAUUCAUAAAAUAUUGGUUAAGUUUUCAAACCCUGCUGCUAAACCCCUUCCACGCACAGGAAAAGAGGCUGUGCUGGGAGGGAUUAGCCUUGCUGCAGACCCCAUUAACACCAGCCCGUCCCUGCAAGUGGCCCCAUGAGUGUCUGGGAUGGGAUGGGAUAAUGGGGAGUGGGAUGUCCCCCCCCAUCUGCCUCCCCUUUGGGGGGCUGAGAUCUGGUGUGGGCUGCUCUGGGGCGCAGGUCUGUCGCUGGAGAGCCUGCUGACCAACAUGAGGUGCAAGUGCAUCAAAUCGACCGCCCAGGUUAUCAACUUGGGACUGAUCCUCACCAUCGAUGUCACGCCGCCUGGUCUGCACUGCCGGAGGAAGGAGAUCAUCCUCACCCUGAAGAAAAACAAGAGGGUGUGCGUGGCCCCCGAGGCGCCCUGGAUCCAGCUGCUCGUCCACAGGCUGACGCAGAGGUACGCGGGGACCAAGCGGCAUCUCCAACGCCCUGGCGGGGCGAUGCCUUCCUUCCUCACCUCUUCCUUCUUUCCGUUUCUUCCCUCCCGCCCAACACGCAGGAAUGCCGCCAGGAGGGCAGCGGCGGCGCGGCCGCGGCGGGAGGCUCAGCAGGGGCGGCCGUGCCCUUCCCUUCACGGCUCCCGCGCUCCGGGCCCGCCGCCCUCCCCAUCCGUGCCAGCCCUGAGGCGCUGAAUUCCCGCUGGGACGGCAGCGACAAGACCGCUCCGCGCUGAGACACGCCGGGUGUCGCGGCACAACGCUGGCGCUUGCCCUGCUCCCGGGGUUUUGGCAGGGGCGGGAGCCUUUCCCUGCCUCCCGGCCGAAAAAAAGGCUUUUCCCCCCUCAGGCAGCCGGCGUCUCCCUCCGCGUGGUGCGUGCCGCGAUAUUCCCGCAGGCUACGGCAGCCCAGCCUGGGCACCGUCAAUAAAUGAUCAAUGUGCUUCCCC